UGGAUCCCUUCGAGUUAUCAGAUCUCGUCUUGUCCAUUCUUUGGCAUAAGUUGCAGACUGAGUUCAACUUUCUCUUUUUCUUCUUCUUCCUCAUCUCUGCAAACCCUACCGAAUUCCCAAUCGAAAUAUCUGUCGAAUCCACUUUACAGUUUCCUCCCUUCCGGCCAAAACCCCGCCAACAUAGUCAAUCUCAUCAAGUUAGCUCUAAAACAAGGCAGUGCUCAAUUAUCUCUUCUUCAGAACGAUAUAAAAUUCCUUAUUUCACAUCUAGGUAGCCAUGAAAUCUCCAGGAUUUUACUUAGAUGCCAGUCUGAUUCUUCCCAAGCUCUCCUUUUCUUCAAUUGGGUAAAAAAUGAUCUAGGUAUUAAACCUUCUACUCAUAACUACUGCCUCAUAGUUCAUAUAUUGGCUUGGUCUAAGAAAUAUUCACUAGCCAUGAAUUUUUUGCACGAACUGAUUCAGUUCAAUACGGAUAAUUUGUCCAACGAAGAUGUUUUUCAAAGUUUAGUUUUAGGUGCCCAAGAGUGCAAUUGGGACCCUGUUAUCUUCGAUAUGCUUAUUAGGGCUUAUGUAAAAGUUGAUAUGAUUAGAGAGGCUUACGGGGCUUUUAGGAAGACUAUUCAGCUUGGUUUCACACCUACUGUCAUAGCUUGUAAUCAUCUCUUGAAUGGGUUGUUAAAGUUGAAUUGCAUUGAUAAAUGUUGGCAAGUGCAUGAAUUGAUGGGAAGAUUUGGGAUUCGUCGGAAUUCGUGUACUUUCAAUAUUUUGACUAAUGCUCUGUGCAAGGAUGCAGAUUUGGACAAGGUUAAUGAGUUUUUAGAGAAAAUGGAAGAAGAAGGCUUUGAUCCCGAUUUAGUGACAUAUAAUACAUUGAUAUCUAACUACUGUCGGAAGAGAAGGUUGGGUGAUGCAUUUUAUUUGUAUAGGAUCAUGUACCGGAGACGGGUGAUGCCGGAUUUGGUUUCUUAUACGGCAUUGAUGAAUGGUCUUUGUAAAGAGGGGAAAGUGAAAGAAGCUCAUCAACUCUUCCAUAGGAUGAUUCACCGAGGGAUUACUCCAGAUGUUGUUUCAUAUAACACCCUGAUUUGCAGUUAUAGCAAAGAAGGACGGAUGGCAGAAUCAAGGUCAUUGUUAUACGAAAUGAUUGGAAAUGGGUUUUACCCUGAUGAUUUUACAUGUUGGACCCUUGUGGAAGGAUAUGCAAGAGAGGGAAGGUUGCUUUCAGCUUUGAACUUGGUUGUUGAACUUCAGAGAUUCAGGGUUUCUAUCACAAGGGAUAUUUAUGAUUACCUAAUAGUUUCUUUGUGUAAUGAGGACAGACCAUUUGCGGCAAAAAGUCUAUUGGAGAGAAUCAGUCACAACGGUUACAUGCCCAAAUUGGAGAUCUGUAAUGAACUGAUAGGGUCUUUCUGCAAAAAUGAUUCAGUGACAGAUGCAUUAUAUCUGAAAGCUGAAAUGGAAAAUUGGAGGACAAAGGCCAAUCUUGUUACAUAUCGAGUUCUUAUAAGCUGUUUGUGUAGACUAUGUAGAAAUGCAGAGGCUGAAUCCUUGAUGGAAGAGAUGCUUGAAUCUGGUCUCCUUCCUGAUCUACAAAUAUGCAGGGAUUUGAUAAAAGGCUAUUGCAAAGGAUUUAAUGUUGAUAAAGCAGAAUCCUUGUUGUGCUUCUUUGCCAAGGAAUUUCACAUUUUUGAUAAUGAAAGUUACAACACGCUUGCCAGAAUAUUUUCUGAAUUGGGUGAUGUGCCAAAGCUAAUGCAGCUUCAGGAGGGGAUGCUGAAACUUGGGUUUACGCCAAACAGCUUAACAUGCAAGUAUCUGAUCCAAGGUUUAUGGAAAGAAGUGGGGUUGAACAGAGUCUUGAAGUAGAAUGAAACUAGAAAGUGACAUUUUGAAAAAUUCAACAUUAUCAGAUGCCUUCUCUUGGGACUACAAUGGAAGCAUGAUAUAUGAUUCUAUGCUUAAGAUGAGAUAGGGUGGAGGACACGAGAUGGUUGUUGCCCCAAUAUUGUUGUAGGUUCAAGUUAGGAACUAAGGCUCUGGUUUAGUUUCCAGUUAGGAAUUGAGGCUCUGUUUG